AUGGGCUCAACCUUGUGCUGCUCUCGCGUUCCAAAUACCACCGAAAGUACGAUGGGCAAAACCAGCGACCGGAGCUGGCCAAUCGACGACGGCGAUAAGUUUCUGUCGGACACAGGCACCUUCUCGGUGAAGGAGCAAGAACAUCAGCUUAAAGCAGCGAGAUUGGAAGAGCAAAGACUUGGCCGUGAAGCAGAGAAAGUCAUCACAUGGGUCAAACAAGAAUCAGCCAGAUUCGACCAUCGUCCAUAG